AUGGAGCAGUCGUUCUUUUUCGUGGAUGGCUUACACGCCGAUAAGACCUCGAAAAGGCUGAUGCGCCAACAUGUCAUGAAAGGUAAAAAUGCAGGCAAAACGUUUCACCGACCGUCCAAAGUCGGUCAAGUUGCUCGAUAUCACGCCCUGGAAAGAAUAGCACGACCUAUCGGCACUCAAUUUUUCACUUUUCCGUUUCCUGUACCGGUGACCAAGGUUGCCAGUAAAGCUCUCCAUGACUUCUUUAACCUUACCAUCAACCUGAUUUAUCCGACACAGCUGGGAUUUGAUAUUGAGCAAUACAAACUACGAUGGCUAGAAAUCAUGUUUCUCAGCAAACCCGGUAUUUACUCCCUCAAAGUUUAUGGCCGUGUACUAACCGUGAUAGCAUACGAUUGCUCUCUGGCUCUGAUACAAUCUUCCAACGAAACAUACCUUGGCGCAGGCUACAGCUGUUCGAAUUCCCUUUCGUGCCUAUCGCAAACUCUGGACCAACUAUCGAGACGACUUGCAACGAACGAGGCUUUAUCAGAUCACACACUUUCUAUUGUCAUGGCGCUUAUCAAUCAUGAGCAAGUAGCAGGACACUACGUUGAAGCUGAGGCGCAUGUGAAGGGUAUGAAAAGGAUUGUUGACCUCCGCGGGGGUUUGGAGAAGAUAGAAGAUGGUGCUGUGGCGGCCAAGAUCUGUCGGUGGGCUGUCCUCAAACAAGCCCUUUCUGAUCUCAUGGGAGUUUGCAACCUAUUCAACAAGCACAUCGACAAAAAGCCUCUCGAUCUGAUCGAAUUUCAAGAGAUUUUGAUAUCCAUCUGCUACCGACUCCUACAAUUCAGAACACUGAAUGAAUCUAGGCUUAUACAAGACGUCGAUUCGGCUCAUCAUAUUGGAUUAUUAGUAUUCAUGGUGUCAAUGUUUUGGAAUAACCAUCAAAAUCGACUUGCCAAGCCUGGACUGAUAGCGGCCUGUAUCAAAGAAGCUUUGGAAACGUCGGAUGAACUUGGGGAUGAGUUUAUGUUUUGGAUGUUGGUUCUGGGAGGGAUCUCUGUCUCGGAGAAAGAGGAUCUGGAGUGGAUGGUGAUACGAUUGCAUCAGAAGGCUCAAGAAAUUGGCGUUGUAACGUGGGACGAUGCACGGAAUUUCUUGCUCAAGUUUCCCUGGAUGAGCGUUAUCCAUGAUAUAUCGGGACAAACGCUGUGGAAUAAGUAUAGUGUAAGAUCUUUAACCCAAUUGAGUAACUCUCUCAUUAUGCCUUCUACUACGUACUCUGAGUUUGAAGCUCACACUGAGGAUAUCGAUGUCGCCAAAGCUUUUGCAGAUGGUAUUCGUGGGAAGACUAUUCUCAUCACCGGUGUUAACCGUGGCGGCAUCGGUUUCUCAACCGCCCAUGCAUUUUCUACGCAAGACCCAGCUCUUAUCAUCAUAGCCACCCGCAGCCCAUUCAAGGCACAAGACAGCAUCGAUGCUCUCAAAUCCGAAUUUCCAAACGUCAAUUACCGCUUUCUAGAGGUAGACCUCUCCAGCCAAGCGUCCAUUCGAAAGGCAGCCGAAGAAGUCCUAUCAUGGUCCGACGUCCCGACCAUUGAUCUUGUUAUCAAUAGUGCUGCUGUCAUGGGUGUUCAAGAACGUACCCUGACGCAAGACGGUCUAGAGAUGCACCUCGCCACGAACCACAUCGGACACUGGCUUCUCACCGGUCUCAUCAUGCCCAAGCUCAUCAAGGCAGCAGAGGGCAAACCAAAAGGAGUAGUCCGAAUUGUCAACAUUACUUCUGCUUCGCCAAUGACCUCUCGUAUGCGCUGGAGUGAUAUGAACUUUGAUAAAAAGAACAAAGACCUUCCUGAGGCAGAGCAGCCAGUGUAUAAGGUUAUGAAACUCUGGGGCUACGAAAAUGCUGAAGAUGCUGAAUAUCUUCCAUUGGAUGGCUACGACCGCAGCAAAGUCGCCAACGUUCUUUUCAGUAUCGGUGCUACCAAACGGCUCUUCGACAAAUACGGCAUUCUGUCAGUUGCUGCCCACCCAGGUGUCAUCUGGGGUACGGAACUCGCGAGAAACUUCCCACAGGAUACCAUUGACGCCGCGAAGAAACUCGGUGAAGCUGGGCUUUACAGUGUGAAGUCAUUGGGGGCUGGAGCUUCUACUGGUCUUGUCGCGGCUCUGGAUCCAAAGUUGGCUGUGGGCGUGGCCGAGGAAGAAGGGAAUUUUGGAGCGUAUCUUUCAGACUGCCAGAUCAGCGAUAAAGCCAACCCACUCGCUAUUUCGAGUAGUGAAGCCGAGAAAUUAUGGGAGUUUUCCGAGAAGGUGACUGGAAGCGUCUUUGACUGGUGA